AUGUAUAAGCCGGAACCCUUAACGCGGCGCGGUAGCUUAAGAUCUCUGCGCAGCGCUCCGCUGCUCAGCACUGUGCUAGAGAGCACGCUUUCGCUGACACGCAUCCAUCCGAUCGCCUCCUUGGAGCUUCCGGGCCUUGACUAUGCGGUGCACUCACAAUCGGCUAUCGGGACACAUCACCGUGAAUUAGGGACAUCGUUGCGAAGCGGUAUUGCUGCCAUCACCGCGGCCAGUGCCAGCUGUGCCGGUGGUGCUAUCUCGCAGUCACAGAGCGCUCUUCUGGGUCGGUACGGUCCGAACGCCUCCAUACGACUCAACGAACGAAAGAUAGUCCAGCCGAAACGCGUCCUAUCGCGAAAGCUAAAGCCACAUCUUGUUGCCGACACUGUCAAGCAAUAUAUCAGUCGGGCGCAACGCACAACCAAGGGUUCCCAAGAGCAACAAAAUAUGGAGUUUUUACGUGGUGUCUAUGCGUUUAUGCAAGUGAGUAGAUCAUCGGUGUCUCAUGUCAAAAUCGAUUCACCUGUUUUUCGCCUGCACACGAAUGCAACGGUUAUUUUACUGAUAACAUUUUCGAUUGCUGUGACGACGCGGCAGUACGUUGGAAAUCCCAUAGACUGUGUUCACACAAGAGACAUUCCCGAAGAUGUCCUCAACACAUAUUGUUGGAUACAUUCAACAUAUACAGUGGUGGAUGCAUUCAUGAAAAAGCAAGGUUCCGAGGUGCCUUUUCCCGGAGUUCACAAUUCACAGGGGCGUGGGCCUCUAACAAUAAAGCACACAAAAUAUUAUCAAUGGGUAGCGUUCACACUAUUUUUUCAGGCAAUAUUAUUUUAUACACCAAGAUGGCUGUGGAAAUCUUGGGAGGGUGGCAAGAUUCAUGCGCUCAUUAUGGACUUAGACAUAGGAAUUUGUUCCGAAGCCGAGAAAAAACAAAAGAAGAAAUUACUUUUAGAUUAUUUGUGGGAAAAUUUAAGAUAUCACAAUUGGUGGGCGUACAGAUAUUACGUGUGUGAGCUGCUCGCUCUAAUAAAUGUGAUAGGUCAAAUGUUUCUUAUGAAUCGAUUUUUCGAUGGCGAAUUUAUGACAUUUGGCUUGGAUGUGAUAGAUUAUAUGGAGACCGAUCAGGAAGAUCGAAUGGAUCCUAUGAUUUACAUAUUUCCCAGAAUGACCAAAUGUACAUUUUUUAAAUAUGGUUCAAGUGGGGAGGUGGAAAAGCACGACGCCAUUUGCAUUUUACCAUUAAACGUUGUUAAUGAGAAAAUUUAUAUUUUCCUUUGGUUUUGGUUUAUAUUAUUAACGAUUCUCACAUUAUUAACGCUAAUAUACAGGGUGGUUAUUAUAUUCUCACCUCGAAUGAGGGUCUACUUAUUUCGUAUGCGAUUUAGGUUAGUGCGUCGUGACGCUAUUGAAAUAAUCGUUCGUCGUUCGAAGAUGGGCGAUUGGUUUUUGUUGUAUUUAUUAGGUGAAAAUAUAGAUACGGUCAUAUUUCGUGAUGUUGUACAGGAUUUAGCAAAUCGUUUAGGUCAUAACCAACACCACAGGGUGCCUGGAUUAAAAGGUGAAAUACAGGAUGCAUGAUAUUGGGAGUAUUAGAAACAAUACAAAAUGCAAUUUGUCGUCUCUAUAUAAAUAAAAUACACAACAAGAACAACAAGUACAACAAUAAAACUGCAGCAGCCGCAUACAACAGCUUCAUAAACAAACUAAAAUAAAAGUUAAAAAACGUAUCUUACAAAUACAACCAAAAAAAGUAUCGUCAAUGCUACUACAUCGAAAUCAUUUCAGUCACUAAUAAAGCCAUCAAUUUUGAAAGAAAGUGUCAGGAGCAGCAACAGCAACAACAACAACACCAACAACAAGCACGAUAGCUAAAAACGUUAAUCGAUUAAGGAAGAACAACAAAAACAACAACAACAACAACGAACAUAACUAAUGUAAGCGGAUGUAAGCAACUAGAGUCCAAAAAUUAAAGUAACGAAGCGAAAGGAAACGAAACAACUAACAACGAACAAAGCAACAACAUACGAUGAACAACAACAACAACAACAGCAGCAGCAGCAGCAAGCGCAGCAUGUGAGAAGCUGCGCCGCAGACGUCAAUGUUCCAGCUUAGGCCGGAGAGAGAGAGAGAGAUCAGCCCUAGGUUCCCAGGAACGCUAGAGGAUGAGGAGCCCCCCGAAGCGACUUCAUUGGACGCGCUGCAACCAGACACAUCAGACGGACGCACGUGGCGCCUGCGUCACUAUGAGUGUCGCCUAGAUUAAAGUCUAAAUAAAGUAUCAAUAAUUGUAGUUGCGUAAGGACAAGAACAAAGUGUGUGAAAAAACAUCAUCAACAACCACAAGAACAAGAACAAGAACAACAAGAACAACAAGACAAUGACAAAAGCCCAGAAAGUUGCUUAAUUGUCAACUCUAUCUAUUUCUCCAAGACACUCUCGCAGCAAUGAGAAUAAAUAAACACAUACUAUACGCUUGCUCUGAUGUUCAUUUUAGCUUGAGAGCAGCAAAAAGCACGUAAACACACACCUACGCCCACACACACGCCCACAUUCUCAUACAUAGCAGGCACUUUUCACGGCAUUCAUACGCCCCGUAGCCGCCAGCA